AGUCUUCGAAAACAGUCUCACAGCUACUACAAUGGACCUUGGUAUGAUCAUAGACCUGAUACAGCUGGCAAUAAUGGUCCUGAUUCUAAUACUCUGCCUUACAUCAAUAUUACAAAGAAGAAAGCUGUUUCCAAGCUCGGCUGUAAUUCAAAUGGAUGAACAUGGCGAUAGUCUAGUUCUCAUGUUAUAUCCCAAACGACAAAACAAAAAUGCUGAGGUACAGCUUCACAAAGCCAACUGUUUGUGUGGAUGCAGUGGACAGACAACUUUACUCUACGAGUCAUUAAACACCAGAGCUGCAACUCCAAAGUAUAGAAAACUAAUUAAAAGCAAAGUCAGUAAAGCCAGUAUAAAUUCAUAUGAAGAUACUGAACCUGAGACCUGAAUUUACUGUGCUUACAUUUUCCCAGUAUGCAUUCAGAUUUUUACCAGCAUUGUUGCUAAUCAUUCAAGCCUUAUAUAUACAUUUUCACAAUCUAUCUGUAAUGUUCACAUUUUAAUCAAGAAUAAGAUUAGUUUAGUUUCUAAAAUUUUGGAAAAAAGAUUAUCUAUAUACAAAUACUAGUACUUAUGUACUAUUAAAGCGCUUUAUUGGGAAAUCCACCUCUGGUACUGUUUCAGUAAUUAGACUUAUGAUAUGAAGUUAUAUUGGAAUUUAAUAUUUUUAUUUUACAUUUGCACAUUUUAAAAUUAUAUAAAAAUAUGAAAUUGCCAACUAUUUUUGUGUAUGUACAUUAUUUAGUCCAUCAUAUUGAACAUUAAUUCAUGUUGUGUAUAUUCAAUGUUUUUGACUAUUCAUUAAUCGAUAAUUUUCUGUUUCCAAAGAUCCUUAAACACAGCAGGUAAACAUACGAUAAGUUUUAAGUAUCUUAAAAGUAUUUGAAUUGCUAAUUAUUGCUAAUUCAAUUUAUAAAGUG